AUGGCGGCCACGGCGCAAGCUCUGACGGAGCGCACGCGAGCUCUCUUUGGCGACAGCUUUGGCGAAGCCACCGACCCGAGCGCACUCACCAUCUCCACCUCGUUCAAGCGAAAAGUCGAAUAUGAAUCCGUCCGCGAACUACCCAAGGCGCUCGCCGAGAAACAGGCAAAAGCAGUUGCUGCACGAGGACCCAAAAGACCAAAGAUGGCGGCGGCCGCGAACAGUCAGAUGGCGCUGGUCAAGAGCGAGGCGAGUCCAGAUACACAAGAUCCGUCACGGCAGACGGCCGGCACUGGCAACAGUCUGAUCCGCCGACCGAACAUGCAACAGCCUCGUCCGGAGUGGCACGCGCCGUGGAAAUUGAUGAGAGUCAUCUCAGGCCACCUGGGCUGGGUGCGCGCGUUAGCAGUCGAACCGGGGAAUCAAUGGUUCGCGUCCGGCGCAGGAGACAGGACGAUCAAGAUCUGGGAUCUGGCCUCGGGACAACUGCGCUUGACACUGACGGGACACAUCUCGACAGUUCGCGGCCUUGCCGUCUCGCCGCGGCAUCCGUACCUCUUCUCGUGCGGCGAGGACAAGAUGGUCAAGUGCUGGGAUCUGGAGACCAACAAGGUCAUUCGCCACUACCACGGUCACUUGUCCGGCGUGUACACUCUGUCUCUCCACCCGACGCUCGAUGUGCUCGUUACAGGCGGUCGCGACGGCGUCGCCCGCGUCUGGGACAUGCGCACGCGCUCCAACAUCCACGUCCUCUCCGGCCACAAGGGGACCGUCAGUGACGUCAAAUGCCAGGAAGCAGACCCACAGGUCAUCUCGUCGAGCCUCGACUCUACCGUGCGCCUGUGGGAUCUCGCGGCCGGCAAAUCGAUGGGCGUCCUGACUCAUCACAAAAAGGGCGUGCGAGCACUAGCCGUCCACCCCAAGGAAUUUACGUUCGCGUCGGGGUCAGCAGGGUCGAUCAAGCAGUGGAAAUGUCCCGAGGGGGCAUUCAUGCAGAAUUUCGACGGCCACAACGCCAUCAUCAACACACUCGCCGUGAAUGAAGAAAACGUCCUCUUCAGCGGCGGCGAUAACGGCAGCAUCUGUUUCUGGGAUUGGAAGACAGGGCAUCGCUUCCAGAGCACGGAAUCUCUUGCCCAACCGGGUUCUUUGGAUGCAGAGGCUGGCAUCAUGAGCAGCACGUUUGAUCAGACUGGGCUGCGGUUGAUAAUGGGUGAAGCGGAUAAGACGAUCAAAAUUUGGGGUCCGGAUCCAAGGGCCACGCCUGAGACGCAUCCGUUGGACUGGAAGCCAACGUUGGGAAGGGUCAAAUAUUGA